AUGAAGAUGGUGGACAUGGAGAGGCUGCAGGGGGGAGAGGAACCAAGGAUAGAUGCUUCCCAUCAUUUUCUAUCCAACCAUCCUCCACCUCAAAAUCAGCAAGCUGACGGUGAGAAUUCAAAUAACUCUACUAAUAGAUUGUCUGAAUAUUCGGAUCAUGUGCGUCCAAACUUAUCUGAUGAAGAUAGUAGGGAGAUGUACGAUGAUGCUCCACACUAUGAUCCAAAAUGUGACCAUAAGAGCUUGCAAUUCGUGUGUCAGAUGAAGUUCGAGGGUCUAGAGAAAUUCAAGGAUGUUGUUGUUAGACAUUCUGUCGCAGCAGGAGCAAGGCUGAGGUGGAUUAGGAGUAAUCAUAAUAGGAGGGAGGUGAAGUGUAAGGCUGCCAAUUGUCAAUGGAAGUUGUAUGCCAGUUAG